GUUCCCCGGUGCUCCUGUACAGCGCGGCAGGAUGUGGCAGAAAGAGGAGAAGAUGAGGUGGAUCGUUAUCCUUUUCGUGGCCGUUUUCAUUACCUUUACUGCAGCUGAAAGGUGUGCAGACCCCACCAUCUCGUCCUCUUACUACACAACGACAGAUGCUGUCAUCUCCACAGAGUCGGUCUUCAUUGUGGAGCUGAGCCUGGCCUGUGCUAAUGGGGCUCAGGGUUUGGCUCUGUAUGCUGAUGUUAAUGGCAAGCAGUUCCCUGUGACUCGAGGCCAGGAUGUUGGCAAGUACCAGGUGUCGUGGAGUGUUCCGCACAAACAGGCCAGUUCGGGGACGUACCAGGUCAAGUUCUUUGAUGAAGAGUCCUACAGCAACUUACGCAAGGCUCAAAGAAACAAUGAGGAUGUGGACUCCAUCAAACCACUGUUCUCUGUCAAUGUGGAUCACAGAGGGGCAUGGAGUGGUCCUUGGCUCUCUACAGAAGUCUGGGCAGCGGCAGUCGGCAUUCUGGUGUACUACUUUGCAUUCAGCACAAAGAGUGCCAUCCAGGCAUAACUUCCAGACACCAUGCAUCAGACUGAUUGUAUGACUAAAGUGUUUGCUGAAAAUGUGCACACAAUGUUUUGCCUCAUACAUGAUUGAGAGCAAGUGCCAUAGUUCUGAAAGACCUGAACAUGUGAACAAAAUGUUCCUUUCUGGUAAGCCCUGUGCAAGCUGUUGAACUUGGAAAAUUUUUUUUGAAUAUCUUUUUUUUUUUUUCUCAGAAAUAAUAACUUGCACUUUGAUCCUCUUGUAGAGGGUCAUUCAGUACAUGUUUUAAGAUCUUUUUUUUUUUUUUUUAAAAUGCAGCUCACAUUUCAAAAUGCAACAAUACAGACAGGAGUGAUAUGUGGUUUGUAUGUCCUCAGUUUUAUUGAACAUACCACACAAUUGUUCUGACCAAAAUAAAGGAAGAUUCUGAUGUGUGAAAUUAAAAACACAAAUGUUUUUAAAUGAGUUCUCUUUCAUCAUACCUAAUAUAUGUCGGGGGUGAAGUACGUACAACGGACUUGUCCCAACUCAGCGUUGUUUGUGGACGAUUCAGUCAAUCUGGCGCCUUUUAUUGGCGAAGUCAUUCUAACAGCUUUCAUAGUACACAGUGGAAUACAUCUGUGUGUGUAGUUACAUUUGGUGUCAGUGCUGGCAAGAACUUGCAUGUUCUUUGAAUUAUUAUGCACGUAAUCAUUGUUGAUGGUGGAAAGACAAGUAUUUUCUCCCCCAAACAAAGAUGAGUAAAAGUUUUAAACUCGUCUUUCAUAUGCUACAGUCAAACUUUUUUUCCAGGCAGAUACAAACUGUUUAAUCUAUUGAGGAAAGGAGAUUAUUUCAUUUUUAGUCACAAAAUGCAAUCACAUGAGUUCUUUCUUUUCC